AGAAGCUUCUGACUGACCAAAUAGGAUUGAAGGAUGAUCAGUUAAAGCCUUUAUGUCGUGAAAAUUACAGUGAAGCAAUAUUAUCAAGAGGAGACAAAAAAGGUGUUGAUGCUAUUUUUGAUGAAACUCCUUAUCUCAUGCUCUUCCUUUCCCAUUGCUCUUCUUGCAAGAUGACAGGACCAAUCUACAAAGGCGGUGGAUUUGCCUUUGCAUUCCCAAAGAAUUCUUCCUUGGUCUCAAGUUUUUCAGCUGCAAUAUUAAACGUGACCCAAAAUGUGAUGAAGUUUCGUGACAUGAAGAACAACAUAUCCUUACCCGUCACCAUUGACAAAUCUGAAUAUAAUAGUGAUGUUGAGACGCGAGGUUUGACGAAAGACGACUUUGGAGGCCUUUUCCCCAUAGUAUACUCUGUUUUAGCUCUCUUCUUCAGCAUUUCAAUUCUGAAAGCUCAGUGGCUGCAAAAGAAAUGGAUUACAUGUUGGACAGUCCGCGGCGGAGGAGUUAUAUGCUGAGUCGCUAGCCAAAGACAUCUGUGAAAAUCAGUAUGUUAUUUUGAUUGUGACUGAAAUUAAAAGUUGAAGACCUUUUGAUUGU